AUGGCUGCUGUCACGGAGCUGGUCCCGGGGCUGCUCGCCGUCCAGGCCGCACCGCUCUCCGGUCAGGCGCGGCCGCUCCCGUUCGCCGGUCAGGCGCGCACGCUCCCGUUCUCCGGUCAGGCGCGGCCGCUCCCGUUCUCCGGUCAGACGCGGCCGCUCCCGUUCUCCGGUCAGGCGCGGCCGCUCCCGUUCUCCGGUCAGGCGCGGCCGCUCCCGUUCCAGGUCCCGCGGGCGCUCCCGCUCCAGGCCCUCACCGGAGCACCGCUCAAAGUCCCUGCACCGACGCUCCCCCUAUACGUCUGGCCGCUCUCGCUCCAGGCCCUGCCGUUCCCCGUCCCCCCGCCACCACCCAACCACCCCACGCCGCUCUCCACGCCGCUCUCCAUCCCCCCCACGCCGCUCUCCAUCCCCCCGCCACCGCACAACGACGUCACGUCGCUCUCCAUCCCCCCGCCACCGACAAACGACCUCACGUCGCUCUCCAUCCCCCCGCCACCCCCCAACGACCCCACGUCGCUCUCCAUCCCCCCACCACCGCCCAACGACCUCACGUCGCUCUCCAUCCCCCCGCCACCCCCCAACGACCUCACGUCGCUCUCCAUCCCCCCGCCACCCCCCAACGACCUCACGUCGCUCUCCAUCCCCCCGCCACCCCCCAACGACCUCACGUCGCUCUCCAUCCCCCCGCCACCCCCCAACGACCCCACGUCGCUCUCCAUCCCCCCACCACCGCCCAACGACCUCACGUCGCUCUCCAUCCCCCCGCCACCCCCCAACGACCCCACGUCGCUCCCCCGCCCUCCCGUGACCACUCUACGACUCCUCGCCGAUCCCCGUCACCCCGGUACUCUGACCGGAACCGCUCCCCACCGAGUUCCCGGCAGCAUGAGAGCAGCAGCAGAGAGCAGCGUCGCCACUCACCCAGUUACAAUGCAGCCAGUGACCGCCGCUCCCCUGAACACCCUCUGGCCAGUGCUGACAGAUCUGCAUCUAGCCAUGACUCGAUAUCAAGUAUCUACAAGAGUUCUGGUGACUCUCGCCCUAUCUCUGGAUACCCCUAUUCCGUUACAAGCCUCCAGGCUAGAAGACCAGAUGAACCACUGCCCAUGCCAAAAAAGUCCAUUCUAAAGAAACGUACUGAACCGGAGGCCAUGCGCAAUGACCAGUCUCCUCGGGUUGAUAAUUCAAGUAACAACGAUCUAAAAGAUUUCAAGUCCUCCCCAGCUCCAGUGAGAAGCAGUGACGUAGGCUCUAAUAGUUCUACU